AUGUUGUUUUUGGUUUAUAUGCAGCUUUUUUUAUGCCUUAUAUCCUUAAAAUAGAUAAGCCUAUUGACGAAUAUUAACCUAAAAUAGUAUAUAUUGGAGCAGCAUCUGGAUUUAUAGGGUUUAUAACUCUUGUAAUAGCUAUCUGGCCUGCUUUUGGCUGGUAUUCUCCUGUCAUGGUAUUUGUAAUGUUUUUAGGAUAUUUAAAUACUUCAGCAUUUCUUCCAUCAAAUGGAAUUGGCUCUGUACUAUUUGGCUUAAUAUUUAUUGCUGCCUUUUACUCUCAUUAUUUUAUCCCACACGACGGACAUUUACAUUCUAACUGAUAUUUUGAAUUUAUUUUCAUUUGUAGAAUUUUUAAAAAAUCAAGAAGAAUUUAAUUAUUUUAUUCUGUAUAUAAAAUCAUUUGUAUUUAUGCAUAUUUUUAAAAGCCAUAACAUUUCAUUAAAAUAUUAAAAUUUAAAACAAAUUUAUAAACGCCUAAAUAAAUAUUAAAGUCACUGUAAAAACUAUUGA